UAGGAACGGCCCUGCCGUUAAUAGGGCACAGCUAUGUCCACUAAGGAUGGGUGUUAUAAAAGAGUGGGUUAGCUGGGUGAGAGCUGGAGUUUGUUGGCUGUGCUGAGAGGAGGAAGGGUCAGGUGGUCAUGCAGAAGAAGUGUGGGGCAGCAGGGGCAGGGCAGCAUGCAGGGGGAUGGAACCACAGUAUUGCAUGGCAAGGGAUCCUUGCUGGCAACCAGAAAGAGGAGAGUGAUCAAUGCCUGAUUUGGAAAGGUGAGGUUCACCCCACCCCUUUGCCAGCUAACAAAGGGCUGGGUGAUGGGUUCGUGCCAGGGGUUGGGUUCAAGACCCAUCAAGCCCAUCCUGUGUCAUGGUCCCCAAGAUGUUGUCAGUGUGGGUUGCAGAUGCUCCUUCUGGCCUGCAGGUGAGAAAUUGUCAUUUUGGUAUGAGAGCAUUUUGAGGAGCAGCUCUCCAUUGUGCAGUCUUCUGAGGGGUCUGGAGCUUGUGUGUGUGCUGUGAUGUCUGGGGCAGUGCUGGGGCUGCAGCGGUGGUCGGGUCUGUGUGCCUCAGCGCCCUCGGGGGGUGCUGGCUGCAGGAGGCAGGGCUGCACGCCCUCCCCGACCCGAGCACAGGCUGAGCAUCCACCACUGCGUGGAGACCCCGGAGCGUGGGCCUCGGCCGGAGCACAGCUGUGCUGCAGGGGUGCAGGAGCCCUUCUCCGGAGCGAUGAAAUCAGCGGGUGUGGCCAGGAUUCCUCAGCUCCCGCCGGAGCUGUCUGGUGGCUGAUUUAUGGUGGUGUUAUUGCCAGGAUCAUGGCGUUGUCCCAGCAACCGCAACGCAGCCCCCACCGUCCCUCGCCUGGGUGGGAUGGGGCUGCCUGGGUCUCCCCCACUCAGUUGUCGGCCCCAGACCGGGAGGCAGAGGCCAGGAACAGCUCCUCACUCGCCUCUGCCUUUGUGCAGGAGACAGGCUCCCCCUUGCCAGCGGCCGGCGGAAGGGCCGGUUGUUUACUAGGGCAGAGGCUGUGGGAAGGGGUGAGCACCCGAAGCGCAUUAGCAGAUGGGGAGCAAGCAGGCAGCCAAGUUGGCUGGAGGCUGGGAUGCUCCGCCGUGUGCACCCCUUAGCUCGGCCGCUCGGGCUUCCUUGUGACUCAUCCAGCCAGCCACAAGUGGGGGUGAGAGGCCGUGCGAGGGGGUGCCAUGCGCCUGGCUCUGCCAUGCUUCAUCCCAGCGUGGCUGAUACUGCAUGGCAUGGCCUGCCAGUCCGUGCUCCUUCAUGAGCACAGGCUGAACGCCCCUGCCCGUGUCCUGCCCGGUGGCACACACUGCAGCUCUGGGGUCUGCUGGUACCUCAUGUGGGGAGGCCGGGGCUGAGCAGGCAGCCCUGCGUGGGGUGCUCGAGGACCGUGGGCUGUUCGGUGGUAACCGAGCCCGACCCCUUGGCAUUUGCUGCCUCCACCGCUUCCCACGGAGGGAACAAGCGGCGCGUUCUGCAGGCGGCGGCGGGAGAAGAAAGGCCGCCUUGUCCGGCCGAGCAGUGGGGCGCCGGCUGGGGCGGCCACGCUCCCGCCCCGCAUUCCUACAGCAGAGCCGGCUGGAGAGGGGCUGCAUCCCCGGCAGGACGGGCUGGGGUUCCCUGUGUGCUGCCGGGACAGCAGCCUGGCCCCUCCUGGCUUUUCCUCCUUCCUGAGCAUUGUGACGGGACGUAGGUGUAAGUGCGGGGCAGGGGCUCGGCUGGGCCGCGGGGUCUCCAGAUGCUGGGCAGUGCGGCACCCCAGUGCCUGGGGAACAUGGGCACCCUGCCGCGGAGGGUCCCGCUCGGCACCCGGACCAGGUGGCAGCCCGUGUCCGGUACCAUCCGACGUCUCCAAGCAGGCACCAUGGAGGCAUCUGGCAGGACCCCCACCAGCCCAGCCCACAGAGUCCAGACUGUCAUCCAGAACAGCCCCCUGGACCUGAUCGACACAGGCAAGGGGCUGAAAGUGCAGACAGAGAAGCCGCAUUUGGUGAGCCUGGGCAGCGGGCGGCUCAGCACUGCCAUCACACUCCUGCCCCUGGAGGAAGGGAGGACCACCAUUGGCACGGCUGCGACAGACAUCGUCCUGCAGGGCCCCGGGCUGGCCCCCCAGCACUGCUACAUCGAGAACGUGCGAGGGACACUCACCCUGCACCCCUGUGGCAACGCCUGUGCCAUCGACGGCGUGCCGCUCCAGCGGCCCACGCACCUCAGCCAAGGGUGCACCAUCUGCCUGGGCCAGGCCACCUUCCUCCGCUUCAACCACCCUGCUGAGGCCAAGUGGAUUAAGAGCAUGAUCCCAGCGGGGGGCAGAAGCCCAUCGGCUCUCUACGGGCUGCCAGCAAAAUCCGAGGCCCUGGUGAAUGGUGGCCACCAGCUGUCAGAGCGUGGGUGUUACAGCCACAGCUCCCUUGUCAGCUCCAUCGAGAAGGACCUGCAGGACAUCAUGGACUCGCUGGUGCUGGAGGAGUCUGCAGCCCCUGGCAUCCAGAAGCCGCCUGCCUGCGGCCGAUCCCCCCUCUCCCCCGUGGUGAAUGGGGGUGGGCGCUGCCUCCUGUCCCCCCCGCCCAGCCCUGGGGCCGCUUCGGGGGGCUCCAGCUAUGAGAACUUCUCUCCCCUGUCCUCCCCAGCCAGCAGCAGUAGCUACACCAGCCCCUCGCUCAGCAGCCAAGAGCAAGGCCCAGCCGUGCCGCCCCCUCUCCCGCUCCGCUCCUCCAGCUACAACCACACUGUCCAGCCGCCCGCCCUGCCUGCUGGGCCUUCUAGUGAGCCUUGGCCGGCUGAGAGGCUUGGGGACCAGCGGGUGGGCAGCCCCCGGCUGACGCCCAGGGCGGCGCCGCGGCCACGGGUGGCCCUGCAGGAGCGGCCCCCCAGUCCCUUCCGGGAGCCACGGGACUCUGCGGCCCCCAGCCGGCAGCCCACCGGCAGGGCGGUCCCAGAGGCCCGGCUGCAGCCCCCCGAGAGCCCACGGGUGGCCCGGAGGAACAUGGAGAGCAUGCGGGAGCUGCCUCCCCUGAGUCCCUCCUUGGCACGCCGGGCUGCCAGCCCCCGGCUGGCCCCUGACACCCCCUCGCCGCAGCCCCGGCUGGGCAGGGAAGUGCCUGGCAGUCCCCGUGCCAGGCGCAAGGGCCUGGAGGAGUCGAAAGGCGCUGGGGGUCCUUCACCCCCGCUGCUGUCGGAGAACCCCACGCGCCGGCCCAGUUUCGGUACCUGCCUGAGCCCAACGUACGGGCUGGGCUCCCCAGCUGUGCCCUCGCCCCGGCAGAGCCCCCGCGCCCCCAGGAAGCCUUUGGGGGACCCACGGCUGCCAGCGGGGUCACGGGAGCGCAAGAACAGCAUCACUGAGAUCAGCGACAACGAGGACGAGCUGCUGGAGUACCAUCGGCGGCAGCGGCAGGAGCGGGUCCGGGAGCAGGAGAUGGAGCGCCUGGAGCGGCAGCGCCUGGAGACCAUCCUGAACCUCUGUGCUGAGUACACCAAGACAGACGGCGCUGAGCCUGCUGACGUGCACAGGCUCCUGGCUGGUGACACAGAUGUUGGCCAGUGGGUGCCCAGGGGUGCCACGGCUCUGGGCCAUGCUGCUGAAGAGCUGCAGCAGAGGGAGAGCGUGGAGAGGUCGGAUGAGGAGAACCUGAAGGAGGAGUGCAGCAGCACUGAGAGUACCCACCACGAGCACGAGAAGCUGACAGGCCCCCGGGCCAAGGAGGCACAGCGGCUGGAGGAGGAGCGUGCCGGUGUCCUGGGACGCCUGGACCAGCUGAAGGGUCGUGUCAAGGAGCUGGAGCAGCAGCUGCAGGAGACAUCGCGAGAGGCAGAGAUGGAGCGGGCGCUGCUGCAGGGUGAGCGGGAGUCGGAGGUGCUGCGGCUGCGGCAGGAGCAGGAGGCAGCGCAGCAGCUGCAGGAGAAGCUCUCCAGCCUGGACGCCAGCAUCCGCAAGGAGCGGGACAAGGAAAGGGCAAAGGUUGAUGCUGAAAGGAAGGAGCUAGAGCAACUCCAGGCGCUUUACCAUGAGUCGAAGAGCCACCUUGAUAAGUGCCCCGAGUCAAUGCGGGAGCAAUUGCAGGAGCAGAUGCGAAGGGAGGCAGAGGCACUGGAGACGGAGGCCAAGCUGUUUGAGGACCUGGAGUUCCAGCAGCUGGAGCGAGAGAGCCACCUGGAAGAGGAGCGUGAGGCGCGAGGCCAGCAGCUCCUGCAGAGCCGGGCUGAGUGCCACCGGAGCAUCGCCCGCAGGAAGGAGCGGGUGGCUGCCCUGGACGCCCAGGCUGCGCAGAUCCGGCUGCAGAGUGCCCAGGAGGCCGAGCGCCUGGCCAGGGAGCGCAGCAGCGUCCUGCAGCUCCUGCAGAAGGAGAAGGAGAAGCUCGUGUCUCUGGAGAGGCGAUACCAGCUUGUCACAGGUGGCAGGAGCUUCCCAAAAAUGUCCUCAGCUCUCCGGGAGGAGACCCUCCACAUCUCUGAACCUUAUGAGCUGUUGGAGGGAACUAAGCCCCUGAGUCCCCUGCCAGCAGCAGCUGCCUCCUUAGCUUCUCCUGCCACCUACUCCUACCCCAAGGCACAAGAGUAUGUGACCGUGGAGCAGCUCUCGGGUAUCCUGGGCAGCCUCCACACCCCUGCUGCUUCCCUGCUGGGCUGUACCCCUCCGGCUCCUUCAUCCUCAGGCUGUGCUCCUCCUCUUCCUCCUCUUCCAUCUCUCCCUUCUCCCUUCAUCUCUGCAGAGAUGGAGCAGCAGCUGUUGGGAGGACCUGUGUGUCCCCCAGCUCUUGAUUUAGAGAAGUGGUACCAGGAGGUUAUGGCUGGCUGUGAGACCUCCUCUUCCUCUGUCUCUCCUCCUUCUUCCCCUCCUCCACUUCCAGCUAAAGCUCACUCCUCUCACCAGGCUCUUCAGGUCUAUCGUGCCAAAGCAGAGGGUGGUGCUGGUGCCCUCACCCCUCGGAUGAAGAGUGGGACCCCUUCGUCCUCACAGCUCAACCUCUCCGUGCUGGAGCGCAGUCCCUCCCCCAAGCUGACCACCUGCUGUCCUGCCCAGGGCCCCCCCAGCCCGGCGGGCAGCCUGUCCCGCAACCUGGUGGCCACGCUGCAGGACAUCGAGACCAAGCGCCAGCUGGCCCUGCAGCAGAAGGCCAAGCUGCUCCCAGCAGAGCCCUUGCAGCCAGGCAAUCUACCAGGUCGGCAGGUGAUCGAGGAGCAGAAGCGGCGGCUCGCAGAGCUGAAGCAGAAGGCAGCUGCUGAGGCGCAGUCCCAGUGGGAAGCCCUGCACGGGCAGCCCCCCUUCCCCACUGCCUUCCCCCGGCUUGUGCACCACUCCAUCCUCCACCACAGCCGUCCCCAUGGCGCCGGGCCCCGCGCUGAGGAGCUGGACCAUGCAUAUGACACCCUCAGCUUGGAGAGCUCAGACAGCAUGGACACCAGCAUCUCCAUCGGCAACAACUCUGCCUGCUCACCUGACAACAUCUCCAGUGCCAGCGGGAUGGAGACAGGGAAGAUUGAGGAGAUGGAGAAGAUGCUGAAGGAGGCGCACGAGGAGAAGUCGCGGUUGAUGGAGUCCCGGGAGCGGGAGAUGGAGCUGCGUCAGCAGGCGCUGGAGGACGAGCGCUGGCGGCGGGAGCAGCUGGAACGGCGCCUGCAGGACGAGACCGCGCGGCGGCAGAAGCUGGUGGAGAAGGAGGUCAAACUGCGGGAGAAGCACUUCUCACAGGCUCGUCCCCUGACACGGUACCUCCCCAUCCGCAAGGAGGAUUUCAACCUGCGGCUGCACAUCGAGUCCUCGGGCCACAGCGUCGACACCUGCUACCACAUCAUCCUGACAGAGAAGAUGUGCAAGGGCUACCUGGUGAAGAUGGGCGGGAAGAUCAAGUCCUGGAAGAAGCGCUGGUUUGUCUUUGACCGCAUGAAGCGCACCCUCUCCUACUUCGUGGAUAAACAUGAGACAAAGCUGAAGGGUGUUAUCUACUUCCAAGCCAUUGAAGAGGUUUACUACGACCACCUCCGCAGUGCUGCAAAGAGCCCCAACCCUGCGCUCACUUUCUGUGUCAAGACCCACGACCGACUCUACUUCAUGGUGGCACCGUCAGCCGAGGCCAUGCGCAUCUGGAUGGACGUCAUUGUCACCGGGGCAGAGGGCUACACCCAGUUCAUGAACUGAGGGCCGUGCUGUGCAUCCCACAUCCGCCAGCUGCAUGGACUUGGGAGCAUCCCAAGCAGCCCGGAGCUCCUGGGGGGACCAGGGUCCCUGCACUGCCUCGUGCCAAGGGCUGUGCACACCGAGGUCGUGCACCUGCAUUGGGCGCAGCUGGGUGGCCCUGAGUGUUGCCUGUCCAGGCAAGGGAAUGAGUUUUUUUAUGUUGACUUUCUAGAAACAAACUUUAUUGGAACAACAUCAAAGUGCUGAAAUGUAAAAAGCUGCCAAAGAGCCGGCGGGGCCCGAGCCGUGUGCCUUGGGGCUGGUGCUGGUGCCGUGGUGUUCCAGGGAAGG